AUGGCUCAAUUUCUAUUGAUAUUUUUGUUGAUUUUCUUGGCUAGCCAUAGCGAAUCGGCCAAGGCACGCCUACAACUGAUGUGGAAAACUUUCGACUGUUCUGCGAACCCAAACUACAUUUCCCAACACAGGUGUGUUAUUUUAGAGCCCGGCAAAACUCUGAUCACAGCCGAACUGAACUACAUAAAGGAUGUUAUCAAAUUCAAUGCCACCUUUAAGCUUUUUAUGCCUCGAAGGCCCUCCCGACCUCUCCAAAAGGUAAUCGAUGUGAAUGUGGACAUAUGUCAGUUUGCCAAGGGAAUUCACGGCCACAGAUUCAUGACAAUCGUGGUGAAAGCCUUUGGAAAACAGGGAUCUCAGUUAAAGUGUCCCCAUCCCAAGGGUCUUUACAUAUACCCCAAUAUAAACAUUGCCGAAAAUCUGCCAGCUUUCUUGCCGGAGACCGAUUUUAAAAUCGAAAUGAACUUUAUAACCACCGAUGCGCAUCUCUUCAAUACCAGCCUCACUGGAUUCUUGUUCGAUCCGAUAAAAAAGAAGUCAAAGACUAUUUAA